GGUUUUGCUUCCCCCAAUUCCCGCUCCACUCAAUCCCGCCUCCAUUUUGGUGCUGAAUUCGGAGGGGUGCAUACUGUUAUUUAAUUCUUCGUUACCGCAUUUGCAUUCAGAGAAAGGAAGAAGUUUAAUUUACAAUAUUUAGGUGCUAUUGUAGUAAAGUUGUGAUAUUUUCAUAUCAAAUCAUGGACAAUUUUGAAGAUGUGGAGUCUGAAGACCGGCGGGAAGUUCAACUAACUUUGUUAACCCCAGCAUCUUCCCGGGCUGGGAGCCCGUUCGACCAGGAAUUAACAAAUCAGGGACUGUUUGAUUCAGAUCAAAGGAAUCACCAAACUGGGGGAGAUUUAACCUUCAUUGAGGAUUCUAUUAAUUCGAUAAUACCAAUACAAAGGCUUAAUAAUGAUGUAAAAAUAAUUAGAAUAAUUGAUGAAGGCGCUUUCGGAACAGUUUUUCAAGUGCACCACCAAAUAGAUAAGCAAUUUCAUGCUUUAAAAUGUAUUGAGUUAACUACAGAAGACAAAGAAAAUAGAAUCAAAACAAUGCAAGAGGCCAAAACGCUAGCAGAGCUCAAACAUGAAAACUUACUUCGUUACGGUGACUCCUGGAUCAAUAAAUAUUACCCCUUGGAAGAUAUAUCAUGUGAUGAUAAUGAUAAUACUACUUCGAGGACAUCACUGCUGUGCAUAUUAACAGAAUUAUGUGACACUAACCUUACUCAACUUAUUGAUGCCGAUUUGCACCUACAGCCUUCUAGAGCAAGGGCUAUUUUUUGGAAGAUAGCAGAAGGCCUGGCUUAUUUGCACGCCAGAGGCUUCAUACACGGAGAUCUAAGGUCGGACAAUAUUCUUAUCAAGAAAAAGGAUUUAAACAAAAAAGGUGAUUGCGGAGUCUGUUUUCAAGGGUGCUACAGCUCUUUCCAGUUGCCCUGUGGACACAUAUGUUGUUCCCAUUGUGUUAAGGUGAUUUCGAUUGAAACUAAGGAGUGUGUCAUAUGCCAAGUCAAGAUCCCGUUUGGUUAUUUUGAUAAUCCAGUAGCAAGUAUUGAGAAAGAAAACGAUGUGUACCAAUGGAAAUUUGCAGGCAAAAAGGGAUGGUAUCCAUACGAUAACCAACAUAACGUAGCUUUAGAAAACGCAUUUAACGCCGGAUGUCUAGAAUGCAGCGUAAGAAUUCAACACACCAUGUACCGAAUAAAUUUUCCAUACAUGGUACAAAUGCAGGAGACUGAUAGAACUAAGACUCGUAAAAUUAGGAGGGAACCACCUUCAUUGAUAGCCAAAGAUGAUGAUACAGAUGACGUCAAGAUCGGAGAUUUUGGACUUACUAAGUUGACAUCGGAUAUGUUUACGGGUUAUACUCAAAAGGAUGACAUCUACCGUCUCGGCGUGAUUUUGCUGGAUAUGUUCAUGUAUUCUAUAAUUGACAAGAAUCUAUGCAGUGGAUGGAAUGUGCGGCUUAAGAAGGAUACUGUUCUGCGGAACAAAAACCCGGAAAACAUGGGCUUAAUAUAUUUAUUAAGCCUUCUUCUGAAAGACGACCCUAACGACCGUCCCACCUGCGCCGAACUCCUGGGUCCACUUAAAAGGGGGUUUGAGCAGAAGCUAAGAUUGAGGAAACGUCAAGCCGACCAAUUACAGGAUGACAAUACGAAACGAAUGCGCGAAACCCAACUUCGAUAAGUUUCAUAAUAUUUUUUUUAGUAUUUCCAUAUUAUAAUCAUUUUAUAAUUAGGACUAAAUUCUUCCCCAUACGUUUUUAUAGAUUUUUAGUAUAUUAAACUAUUGAAACCUAAUUCAUCGAGUGAAAAUGACAACACUAUUAUUUGUAUCGUUGCAGACUUUCAGAAAAGGAGUCCAACUGUAUAUAUUCUAAACAGUGUGUUCAUUGUUUUUCUUGUAUCACUUCUUCUGUCAAUUCUGACAUGCUCUACAUUUCGUUAUUGACUUAGGUCAGUUGCACUUGCAUUAGGUAAAUACUUCCGAGCAACUUUGGGUCCGAUUCGGCCAAAAGGCCAUACCCUCCACGUUGUGUUUUCUCCAUUGCUGCAUAUUCCUUCGAUGAUGAUCACCGGUAAUAAACAUCUGAAGACUUUGAAGAUUUGAGGUCAACCCCACCAGGCAAGACCUUUUCUCUACAUGUAACUGAGAAUGUGAUCAAAUCAGGCCUAGCCCUCAACUUCUAAGAACUGUUACUUCGCUUGGGUCGGCCUAAUCAACACUCACCGCCCUUAUUCUGAUCACCCGCUCAAAAUGAUGAAAGCGACUGGAAGAAAUUUUAAAUAUUAAUAUGAGGCGGAAAUGACGUGAAAAAAGAAGAUGGAAGAUAUAGAAAAUACACUCAUGGAUCUUUUGUUGCAAUUGUGUCAUACUUAAUGGCAACGAAGAAGGAAAUACAGUUCUAGACACGCGUGUAUAGCUCACUUACGAGUUUUGUUAACAUAUACAGCGGCAAUCAAGAAGAAAUCGUAUGCAGCUGAUUAAUAUUACAACAAAUCAAAACAGAAAAGACUGCGACACAAACCACGAUAGUCCAAUGUUUCCGUAACGCUGGAGACUGUUUCAAGUGGAGGCGCAUUGUGAGAGCUGCACUAUCCACAAUAGAUACGUCUCGUCAUACAACCACAAUCACUAUGCCAAGAGUGAAUGACCGAGGGGGAGGAAAACGGAAAAUGCCAGAAAAUUUGAUUUAUGUGAAUAAUUAAUAUUUUAAAAAAUUACGAAAGAAGACUGAUACAAUACAAUCGCAAUAGCUCAUCAUUAAGACCAGUUGCAAAAUAUGAUCAUUUAUUGAAAGAUAAAUUCCAUAAUAUGCAAGUGUUCGGUAAAUCUAAUUUGGCCUAGCUUACACUCAAAUCUACCUGAUUUGGAGUGGCAUACGCCUAAUGUACGAGACCAGAUGAAGAGCUUUAUGUAAUAAAACAGAAAAUAUAUGCAAAAGAUACUGGGACCUAAGAGCCACAAUACAUCUCGUGACAACACGAUGCAGAAGGCAAUUCGACUGGAGGACCCAACUAAGGUACUAGUCCAUAGGUUUUUUGUAUUUUACUCAUUCCAAGGCAGACGCAGAAAUCGCCAGGUUUCGCAUUGUUGGAGGCAUUGGUAUGAAACCAGUGCAGCAGCACUAAAAGGUAUUCUUAAAUACUGAUCGGAUGCGGAGUAAUCAGAUACAUGAGUAACUGUGUGAGGUAUUACAAAAACUGGAGAAGGUGGAAAGGAAAUGUGUAAUUCUAAUUAAUCAUUUUAUCAAAACCGUCGUAUCUCACACACUAAACUCGAAAGCAAGGGCGGAGAUGAGACUUUGAAACCUACAGUUAGUAGCAGAGAAAAGUAAACUCACCUGCAUAGAAGCUUCUAUACAGGGGCGCAUAUAUUUCUUUUGCUAACUGUAUGACGAUAAGAACGAGAUGUAUUAAGAAGAUAAACUGAAUUAUUGUCCAGAUUUGAGGUUUGUAAAGUCGAUCGGACUUAGGUACUCUGAAAGUCUGCGUUUUGUCAUGGUUUUGUUGCUACAGGCUGCUUAUUUUUGUCAGCGUUUUGAAUUCUGUAUUAUACGGACAUCAGGGUUCAGUCUCGUCUUUAUAUUUGCGGCUAUGACUGCCUCUGUCAAGUUGCAAGUGGCGCAAGAUAACCUCCUUCGUCUUUUUCUGAAUGUACUUAUAAGAAAAGGACAUAGUUUUCCCUACGGUCGAGUCUUAUGAUAAGAUAUGCUAGUCACUAGUGGCACUGACGUGACUUAUAAUUCAUGUAAAUGUCACUAAUUGUUUAAAAAGAUUUCUUACACCUCCGAAAUGGAGUAUUAGAUGAUCUUUACAAUCAUCAUCCCAAUCAAAAUUUUCUAGUCAUUUUUUGUUGUUAUGAUAUGUUUUACGCCUCCAAAAAUGAAACUAUGGAGGCGAUGAAAAGCUAUGUUACGCUUGGAGACCUUAUACAUCUCCAAAAAGUAGAUUAGUACUUAUUAUUUGUUACAAUUGCUGUAAAUAUUUGUUAAAGUUUAUAAUACGGUGGGUUUGCUCGUGGCAGAAAGCGGUGACAAUUUAUAUACGAAUGGAACAAAAAAAGUCACUUUUAUAAAGCCCUAAAUAGAUACUUACUUGGCUGCGCUCGCUGGAGAAAAUAAGACUGAUACCUAUUCAUUAACUAGGUACUUUAUGUCUUAAGUGUAACUAAAUACUUGAUUUAUUUUUCAGCUUUUAAUAUAAAGACAAGAACGCUCUCUUCCGUCAGAUCACUUUAAAUCAUCAUCAUCAUCAUCAAUUAUGUCUGGUGACUAGCUGACUGAAACAUACAUAUUAUGUUUAUGCAAAAUUACAGCUCAAUCAAACACCGGGAAAAGGGUGAAAAACUUCACUUGUGGUGUUUUAAGAUUUGAAUACAAAACAAAUAGAGAAAUGGGGAAGACAUUGAAAUAGAAUAGAUACUUUUCAUUAUGAUUUAAUUUUCCUUUUUUUUCAGACACUGCGGAUGAAGCUACUAAUAUCGUGUUAAGACCAUCUCCAUCAUUCACCCUAGGAAGCUUCUGUGGCUAAGUGGAUCCUGACGCGAGCUGCUGCGACCUGCGACUGGCGGAUAAAGUGGCAGGGGAAACGAGAAAUUUGGCUGGUGUCUUAACAUACCUUACCCUGCUGUCAGGAAAAUAGUGAAUAAUAUGAAGAAACUUCUGGAUCGAGAUCAAAAUAAUUUAUUCCCAAUUGCCUUUUCCCAAGUCAUUAUGACUGGUCAUAAUAUGCUGCCCUCAUAUCUAAUAAACCAAGGGAAACUGGAAGAGAGAAAGGGAAGCCAAGAAGGGCAUACAUGGAACAAGUGAAGACAAGUAAACCUUGUGUUAUCAGCUGUCAAGGAAAAUGCUAAAGUACUUCAUAAAUACACGGAUAAUACUUGGUUUGAUUAACCCCAUCAUUAAUGAGGAUAACAGUCUAAUAAUUCCCUGUGAUUUUGACCAGAUGUUGCUCCAUCAUAUUUAGAAAAUCCACAAGAAACCUCAAUGCCCCUUUUGUCCUUCCUUUGGUCCUUCGAACAACUUAACCCACUGCAAUGAAAGUACCUCAACUGCUGAGGUCAUAAUACCAUGUCUCCCUCUUGCUUGGUCCUAGCAAGUCUUCAACAAGUGCCUUCACUGGAUUCAGAAAUUCUCCAACUCGUUACAAAGACUAACCGACCGACAACACAUACAUACGGUAUAUUAUGUUUUUUUUUUGUAGUUAGUCUAAUUCUUAUCUAUACCCAAAAAACCGGGCAAGUGCGAGUCGGACUCGCGCACGAAGGGUUCCGUACCAUAAUGCAAAAAAAAACAAAAAUAAAGCAGAAAAAAAACGGUCACCCAUCCAAGUACUGACCACUCCCGACGUUGCUUAACUUUGGUCAAAAAUCACGUUUGUUGUAUGGGAGCCCCAUUUAAAUCUUUAUUUUAUUCUGUUUUUAGUAUUUGUUGUUAUAGCGGCAACAGAAAUACAUCAUCUGUGAAAAUUUCAUCUGUCUAGCUAUCACGGUUCGUGAGAUACAGCCUGGUGACAGACGGACGGACGGAUGGACAGCCAGCGAAGUCUUAGUAAUAGGGUCCCGUUUUAUCCUUUGGGUACGGAACCCUAAACAAACUAUUUUCUUUUAACAAUUUUAUAUUCGAUUUGCGCUAUCGUUAAUUUUAUUGUGCUUAGUACUUAGUCUAGAAAUCGUAUUUUUAAUUUAGCUAAUGUAUGACUUAUUAAUGACUUUCAUUUCAAGCUGGUUAAUCUACUUUAGCUAGUGAGUUAAAAAUAUGAUUCUAGUAUUUUGUAGUUUCUCAGCGUUUUUCCUCUAGAAAAGCGCUGGUAGACUCAGACAUGUAAAAUUAGUUUGUAUUAGUUUUAAGUUGAAAUGUUAUAAAAGAUGACCUUCUGCAGAGUUUCUUGCGGCGUUUCUUCUCUAAGCAAUGGGUCCUUUCCGAAGCGCUGGUAGAUUAAAAAUGACAUGUAAAGUUAUGAAUAAAUAAAGAAUAAAACUUAA